AUGGACCCUUCUAGUCCUUUUCUAUACCUUGAGAAAUUCGAUCAGGAAAAGAUUAAUGAGAGAAUCCGCGAUUUCGAUAUCAACCUUGGGAAGGUCUUGUCUGUUGUCUCCCGGUCCACCCCUUUCAACUUGCUUGCGCUGGUACCUCUCCUUCGCCUUGUCUUCCCCUUCCUUGCACAGACUGCCAGACGGAAUCACGCAAGACGCGUGCUUCCAUUCCUAGCCCAACCAAAGCGAAGCAAGCCACCGGCCUCAAAAGUCAAAGGGUUCAUCUUCUCUACCACUCGUCCUCGCGGGCCUGCUCCUCCUCUUCCAUACGGGACUGACUGCGGCGGAGUGGAGAUCCGUGCCGACAUAGUCCGACUUCUUCGCUCGCUGGUAAGGAAGCCCUACCUUGCUUGGACGUCAAGGACCUCUUUGACUACCCGUAGAAGGCCAUCUAUUCUUAGGCUGUGCAGUUGGUCCAAAUUGAGGUCAACGGACGGCAGGAUAGGCAGGCUGGCCGAAGCUUUGCUAUUGCUGGCAGUCAUCCUACGAUUGAUGGCCUCACCUUCACCAACCGAGUUCAGUAAGGAAACAGCUCGUCAGUCUCUGAUCGCAAUCUCCCAGUCCAUUCCGGAGACACCUUCACCCCAGACGGUGAAGACACCAAUCUCCAGUGCAGAAAACGGGAAGCUGGGCGAUGGGGCGGACAAGUUCAGAUCAAAGCUGAUGUCCAUCACAGACCUGUCCUCUGAUGCCCAACCUGCGCAGUGCCCUCCCAAGGAUGUUGCUGCUUAA